AUGGCGAUAGUUUUGAGAUUUGUUGAUGCAGAAGGAAUCAUACGAGAAAGGUUCUUGGAUUUGGUUCAUGUUAGGGAUACCUUAUCAUUAACCUUGAAAACAAAUAUAUGGAGACAACUUUUACACUAUCAAUUUGAUGUUAGUAAAAUUUGUGGCCAAGGUUAUGAUGGUGCUAGUAAUAUGAGAGGGGAAUGGAAUGGAUUACAAGCACUUGUUCUUAAGGAUUGCCCUUAUGCAUAUUAUGUUCAUUGCUUUGCUCACAGAUUGCAACUAGCCUUGGUGGCUGCUUCAAGGGAAAUUAUUCCGGUACACCAAUUUUUCACAAACUUAAUUUUUACAAUUAACGUAGUUUGUGCUUCCAGUAAGCGUCAUGAUGACUUACAAAAGGCAAAGGCAACUGAGAUUGAACAAUUAUUGGAACUAGGUGAAAUCGGAUCAGGGAAAGGAUUGAAUCAACUUGGGACAUUAAGAAGAGCUGGUGAUACACGUUGGGGUUCUCAUUUUCGUUCUGUUUGUAGUUUGAUUGACAUGUUUGCUUGUACUCGUGUUGUUCUCCAAGGAAUAAUUGAUGACGUAUCUGCUACUUAUUCUCAGCUCAAAGAUGCUGAUGCAGCUUACUGUUAUCUAAAAUCAUUUGAGUUUGUGUUUAUUCUUCACCUGAUAAAGGAAGUAAUGGGAAAGACCGAUAUACUUUCUCAAGCUCUACAAAAGAAAUCCCAAGAUAUUCUUAAUGCUAUGGAGUUAGUUUCAGCAACCAAGGAGGGUCUAAAUGAUUUCAGAAACAAAGGUUGGGAUUCUUUACUUUCACAAGUAAAGUUUUUUUGUGAAAAACAUGAAAUAAAUAUGCCAGAUAUGAAUGCUCCUUAUACUUCUACUCGAUAUCGGUCUCGAAAAACAUAUAAUCAUGUUACUUUUGAACAUUUUUAUCGAGUGGAUUUGUUUACAGCCACAUUGGACAAACAGCUAAAUGAGUUGAAUAGUAGAUUCAACGAUCAGGCAGUGGAGUUGUUAAGUCUUAGUUCUACUUUAGUUUCUAAAGUGAUUAACGUUGAUCAAAUUUGUCUUCUUGUUGAGAAGUAUUAUCCUGAAGAUUUUACGGAGCAAGAGAGGAUUCAAUUACGAUAUCAAUUGGAGAUUUUUAAUAUUGAUAUGACAAAGAAUCCAAGGCUAAGUGGUGUAUCAACUAUUGCCGACCUUUGCAAGCGUCUUGUGGAAACUCAGAAACGUGAGACAUAUUAUUUGCUUGAUAGAGUGGUUAGGUUAAUCUUGACACUUCCAGUUUCUACCGCAACAACAGAGAGGGGAUUUUCAGCAAUGAAAAUAUUCAAGAACUGUCUUCGCAAUAAGAUGUCAGAUGAUUUUCUCGCAAAUAACUUGGUGAUUUACAUAGAAAGAGAAAUUGCUGAAAACAUUGAUUCGAACUCUGUAAUUGAUGAAUUUAAAGACAUUAAAGAUCGUCGGGCUGAGUUGUAA